CUUUGGUAAAAGAGAUGAGAUGAGAUGGGUAAGUAUAUAGAGGUGGGCAUGGCCCAGUUUAUGAAAGAUUUAUUUUCUAUUGAGCAUCUUGAGACAUUGACUUGAUUCUCAUACCUUGUCCAUCUACUCUACGCUCCUUGACUUACUAUAUUAACCUUACAUACUGAGUAUUGCAAUACACUAUCAACCAGCCAAACAAACAGAAUGGAUCAACAAAAUCCAAAUCGUUCUUCGACAACUCUAGAAGGUCGUGAAGACGACACCACCUUCGCGCCCCUGAACACCCACCAAACAACAAUGAGCCGCAUCCGUCGCUCCCUCUCCCACACCCACACUCACUCCCACGACGGCUCCCAGAAAGAAACCCGCGAUCCAGAUCUGGAUAUCGACCUGCCCUACCGAACCCUCAGCGCCAACGCCAACCUAGACGAGUACCGCGUUGAAGUUCCAGGCGGUGCUAUCCCCGGUCCUAUCCAGCCUGAGGAGAUCGCGAGAAAGUCAACGAACCAUGAGCCCGGCCAGGAGAGGCGAUAUAAGCUUGUUACUUUCACCCCCGGAGAUAAGGAGAAUCCUAAGAAUUGGAGCAAGGCUUAUAAGUGGUGGUGCACUAUGGUUGUGGCGCUGACGUGCUUCGUUGUUGCGUUCUGCUCUAGUGUUAUCACUGCCGAUAUCGCGGGCGUGGUUAGGGAUUUGAAUGUUAGCAAUGAACUUGCUCUUGUGAGUAUUAGUUUAUUCGUUGUGGGGUUUGGUGUUGGACCUAUGGUUUUUGCACCUCUUUCUGAGAUUUACGGUCGACGAAUCAUCUAUGGCUCUACUCUUCUUGUCGCUGUCAUCUUCAUCAUUCCCUGUGCUGUGGCAAAGAACAUUGAGACUCUUCUUGUCUGCCGAGCCAUCGAUGGUAUUGCUUUCUCAGCACCCAUGACCCUUGUUGGUGGUACCCUCGCCGAUCUGUGGAAGAAUGAAGAGCGUGGUGUUCCCAUGGCUGCAUUCUCUGCUGCUCCUUUCAUCGGUCCUGCUAUUGGUCCUCUUGUCGGUGGUUUCCUCUCUGAUGCCGCUGGUUGGCGAUGGCUCUACUGGAUCCAGCUCAUCCUCGCCUUCGUCGUCUGGAUUCUCAUCACCUUCACCGUCCCUGAGACUUACGCCCCUACUCUUCUCGCCCGCCGAGCUCGCAAGCUUCGAGCUGCCACUGGCGAAACCGACCACGUUACAGAGCAGGAACUGGAUCUCCGACCUCUCUCUGAGCGUCUCCGAAUCUUCCUUAUUCGACCUUUCCAGCUUCUCUUUGGCGAGCUCAUCGUCUUCCUCAUCUCCGUGUACAUGAGUGUUCUCUACGGUCUUCUGUACAUGUUCUUCGUUGCCUUCCCUAUCAUCUACCAGAAGGGCAAGGGUUACUCUGCUGGAAAGACCGGUCUCAUGUUCAUUCCUGUCGCUGUUGGUGUUCUCCUCUCAGCUGCUUGCUCUCCUUGGGUAAACAGCCAUUACAUCUCGCUCGUCAAGAAGCACAAUGGUCAUCCUCCCGCUGAGGUUCGUCUUAUUCCCAUGAUGGCCUCAUGCUGGUUCAUUCCCAUUGGUCUCUUUAUCUUCGCCUGGACUUCAUACAAGGAGCUUUCUUGGGCCGGCCCUGCUAUGGGUGGUUUCCCUGUCGGCUUUGGCUUUAUCUUCCUUUACAACUCUGCCAACAACUACCUUGUCGACUCUUAUCAGCAUCAAGCUGCUUCCGCUCUCGCUGCAAAGACUUGCAUCCGAAGCUUCUGGGGCGCUGCAGUUGUUCUCUUCACUGAGCAGAUGUAUGAGCGUCUUAACGAUCAAUGGGCCUCAACACUCCUUGCUUUCCUCAGUCUUGCUUGCUGUGCCAUUCCCUUCCUGUUCUGGAAGUACGGUGCUAAGAUCCGUGGGCGUAGCAAGUACGCCUACGCUGGUGAUGACGAGACUGUCGACGAUAUUGAGAAGGCCAAGGGCCGUGGUAACACUCAUGGCGGCGCUCAAGUCCGUGAUGACUCUGAGGAUGAGGAUCUUCGCCGUGCUCGCAGCUACGUGAGCAACCCUUAAGCCAAUUGCACUAGAUUGGCUCUCCAACUUGUCCCUUGGACAUUUUCACAACAAAAUAGACUGGGAAUUAGACUUAGACUUGGGAUGGCACAAGGAGGUUGGACUUUAAUGCCUGGACAGGACUUGCAUAUAGGGAUAAUAUGCGCGGAAAAUUAUUUAGAGGGGACUUGGAUAUUUAGCAUAAUACCCUUGAAUUUAAUGUCAUUUUAAUCAACACACUGAACCAUCAAUCAGUGCCUCUUUCAUGUGUCUAACAUUUCUUUUCACCACCGAAACCGGACGAAAACGGAACGAAAACGAAGAAACAGACGCGAUGCUUGAAUCACUAUCAUGGCACACAGAAACUAGGUUUUCAAGGGGUCGGAAGGCGUUUAUGCAAGCUUAUUCUUCAUCGGUACUGUUCGGCGAUGAAAUGGGUCGCAUCAGAGCUUUCAUUGACAGGGCCCACUUGGUGAUGAACAUGGCAGCAGGGAUCGCUCCUCAUCUCCUUCUAGUUCCCGGCUCGGCCGUGAUAGCAUCCCACUAGAGGUGUGAACUUUUGCCCAAACAAGGAUAGGAGCAAAGGGUUGUUAUCUCCAGUGGAUCAUCGACUCUCCCUCUCCUAAACGCCGCGAAAACAAAGAACAGAACAGAAAAGUAAAGAAUGGGACCCCUUUAGAUGGCGCGGACGGGUAGUGAUUCACGGCGUCGCAACUUGAGGUCCUUGGUGAGAGAGUUCUUGCUUGUCUUGGUCUCUAUCCACUCCUCAAGAUUGCUGAGGGUGCACUCGGCAAUCUCGGUGAGAGCCUCCUCGGUGAAGAAGGCUUGAUGACCACAAACAACCACAUUGGGGAACGUCAUGAGACGCAUGAGCUUAUCAUCUUGAAUGAUUGUCGACGAGUGGUCGUUGUAGAAGAGUUCGCCUUCAGCCUCGUACACAUCAAGUGCAAGGCCACCGAUAUGGUUUGUCUUGAGGGCAUGAAUGACAGAUUCGGUGUCGAGCAGGCCACCUCGAGAGGUAUUGACUAGCAUAGCGCCCUCUUUCAUCAGAGAAAGAGUGUUGCGGUUGAUAAUGUGCCGUGUUUGCUCCAUGAGAGGGCAAUGAAGACUAACAAUAUCGCACUGGGGCAGAAGGUCUUCGAGAGAUUUGUACUCGCCAUACUCCUCAAAAGCUGGCGAAGGGAAGGGAUCAUAUGCAAGGAGUCUGCAGCCGAAACCCUUCAUGAUGCGUGCAGUAGCAAGGCCGAUUUUGCCAACACCGACAAUUCCGACAGUCUUGCCAUGGAGGGUCUUUCCGAGAAGGCCAUCGAGAGCAAAGUUACCCUCACGAACACGGUUGUAAGCGCGAUGGGUCUUUCGGUUGAGGGUCUGAAUCAGAGCAACAGCAAACUCGGCAACAGCCUCGGGAGAGUAAGAGGGGACAUUGGCGACCAUUAUGCGGAGACGCUGGGCGGCAUCGAGGUCAACAUUGUUGAAGCCUGCACAUCGCAGCAAAAUAGCCUUUACGCCAAAUUCUGACAGGGCGGAGAUGACAUUGUCGUUGACGACAUCGUUCACGAAGACGCAAAUGGCAUCGGCUCCCUCGACGAGGGAAACGGUAUCUUCGUUAAGAGCGAAUUCGUGAAAGAUGAGCUCGAUGCCAGACUCUGCGUGCUUGGCGCCGAGGACUGACGACAAGUACUUUUUAUCGUAGGGUUUUGUGCUGAAUACGGCGAGCUUCAUGAUGAUAAGAUAAGGAUGAGUCGGAUUGAAGUUGAGGAAGAGGAGGAAGAGAUGGAGAUGUAAGGGAUGAAAAGCUUAUACAAGGGAUUGAAGAGGAAGAAAUAAAUAAGUAAGGUAUGUGUUGUGUGACUGCUUGACAGCUAAGCUCUUUCCUUGAUCCAAUUACGCGGGGUUUUUGAAGCUUGGAAGGUAAAUAUGGACGUUUCUGGGCGUUCUCCACCAGGAACGGGGAGCUUCAACUUGGAGUAUAUAUACACUCACCAAAAAUACCUAAAACACCUAGCCAUUAUUCAUCUAUUCUCAAUAAUUCAGACUCGAUCAUCUAUGAACCCACUCAGCACAGCCCCUACACGAGGGGAGAAAAAAGGAGGUCACAUCCAAUAACUCUAUCCAGCUUCAGCACAUACACAGCGGUGUCGUCAGCAUGUGCCUUGGAAAAUCAGACCAUACCAAUAUCCAUAGCUUGGACGCCAAGCAUGUGUGUGCGACUGUUACAAGAAAGGAGGCAAUUAUUAUUAUCUUUGAGGCUGGCGAUUGAGUUGGGCUUCAACGUAUGAUUAAGCUUUUCACUAACAUUCAUUUUCAGCUGUCAUUGUUGUUGUUUCUUAGGAGAUGCAUUCCUACGUCAAUACCAACACCGAACAAGUAUAGGCGUCAAAAUACAUUAUUUUAAUAGCUUGCUGCAAAGAUAAAUCCAGUAUAAUUCGUAUGCACCCCACGCUCGCCAAAUCAACCGAGGCUCUUCUGACCCUAAUCUCAUCUCCCAUAAAAAUGUCCCCGGAAUCGUUCGGUGUCCGUGUCCCAGGGAUCCGGGUUAAUGACCCCCGGCCCCGAAUGGGUGGGACUAUUUAUUGUCUGAUAUGCAAGGCACGCAGAGCCCCAAUCAUCCCUUCUUUAUGGUCUGAUUUCCAACAAUCGAAAGUUGUAAUUUCUAAGAUCGAUCUUGAUAGGAUCACAAAGGCCCCUGCUGGGCCUGAAACGGACAAGGAACGCAAGGUCAGCUUCGGUGACAUAUCAACGGUGACCACUGGACGCUUGUGCAAUUCGGUGAGCGUUGCAGCAUCUCAUUUAUGGCCUCAUUUGAAGGUUUGAUUGAUAUCAUGGGCAAUGCGUGAGUCAUCGAGAAGGCAUUGGCACUUCGUAUACAAGGCUAUGUUGCACCUCAGCAAUGGCCUGAUAUGCAUCCUCUACUAAAUGAAGCAGUACUUGUUGAGUAUUCACUGGAUUAUCCUCUCCUGCGUUGACACCUAAUUCUAUAUUUGAGACCACCUCCAUCAAGGAUUCUCUGUAUCGAUAUGCAAGUAUGCCGUUUUACAAGAAGAAAGGGUUUGAAUACGAUCCAGAACAUGAUAUUAGACUGGUUAUCACUCUCCUUCAAACGCCUUACCAAACUCACUUGGACUACUCGAUUAAAACCGAACAAACGCACGAAUCUCGGAUCUCACAUCGCUGUGGAGCAACAAUCUACGAUGCAUUGGCAUUUUUGGGCCUUUUAUGGCCUUCAAGGUGAGAUAUCGUCCUGAAGAAAUCUCUUUGAGACCAUGCUCGGAUUGUGAAAUCGGAAUCGUGAAUUAGUAGUUGAGCGCUGCAGUUAGAAGGCAUCAUGCAGUUACGGAUGAUCUGAUCAUAAUAGGCCGGCAAGACCCAGCCGAUCGGCUCCUCCACGAUACCCGGAUGCAUCUCACAUUACCCGAGUCGAUCAUAUCUAAGGUUAAAUGCUAUCAUGCAUCCUGUCACAGCGUGUGGAGCAAUCCAUCAAGACAUCGGCCCGGUCCGUAUCCCUGCCUUGCUCGUCCGCCGAGAUGUCACAACAAUAUCUUGCCAUUGGGGAGCUGAAGAGCUUGGUUUCUUAUUACUUCUUUGGUCUUUUCUCUAACGCUUAUAAGUGCCGCUGAUGGUGUAAUCCUUCUUCGGCCCCUUAACCGUAUACUCGAUGCCCCACUCCUUCAGGUUCACGGCCUGGAAGGCAAAGUUGUACUUGACAUCGUAGUAAUCAUCAAUACACAAAUGUCCUGCCUUGGCCUUCCAUCCCUUAUCUGUCGGUUCUGUGAACUCAAUCUCGUGGAAAAGAUAGUCUGCACGCUUCAGAUCCUCUGGUUUAGCGAACCACACGCUCAGCACAUCCUUGAGCUCGUCAUAUCUCCAGACGUAACGGCGUGUGGCCUUGAAGCCAAAUCCCUGUUCGGUCUUGAACUCUCCCUCUUCGAUAUAGAGAUACUCCAUGCCCAGCUCAUCAUCGCUAGGGGAAUCCUCGCUAGCGUUGACCGCACAUCGCAAGCCAUCGUUCGUCUUCUCGCGGAGGAGGAACUGCGCGGUUCCACUAAAGUGUCCGCUCGGAUGUGAGGGUAGCUUGCUGACAAGAUCGCGCUCGAGUUUCCAUGUACCGAGAAGACUUCGAAAAACAGCGUGGGCCACGAAUCUUGACGUCGUCAGACCAUCAGUUGCAUCUUUGCGUGUUUGCUCGAGUGAUUUUGUCGCAGCAUCCUUUGAAUCCUGAUCGUCACCAGGACUUGAGUACCUCGCCGGUGUGAGCAUGUCCAUUGGCAGAUUGUUAUGUGGUAAGCUGGGAACUGGAGGCUCAAGAGGCUCGCGAAUCUUCAACUCAAGUGCCUCUGCAAUCUCAUUCACCAGAUAAGGGUAGUCGCCCAUUGGGAACUGCGAUACUCGGGGAUCAUUUCGCAAUUCGAGUGUUCGCUGAAUCGAGAUGUCAUCGCGAAGCUUGUUCUUAAAGAUCUCAGAUUCACGACCAGGGGAUACAUUGUCUGACCACAGCGCAGCCACAAACCGAGCCUGCAUCUGCAUCACACCCCAGUAAGGAGAUCUGUAAAAUCCCACAAAGCCUAGAUCUGGCACUUCGGGGUGAUGAGUUCCAUGGAAAGCCAGGGCGACAGGCUGAUCAAUAUGUUUUGGUGAGAAAUGAAGUGCCUUCAAGACGUCUUCAGGAAGGUAGUUUAUGCAAGGUGAAGCAUCAAAACCUGUCGCAACCAGCACCGCUGCAAUGUCCUCAAUCUUUGUGCCGUCGGACAGUGUUGCCGUAGAUCCCCCGAGGCUUUCAACUUUGCCUUUCGACAAAGAAAUCAUUCCAGAUCGAACAAAAUCAGUGUACCAUUCGCUGACAGCUAAGUAGGGCUGCUUAUCAUCAUUUGUGCCAUCGAUUUUGAGCAGUGGGGAGUAUUCGGAUUGAUCAGAGCCAAGAACGCCUUUGUAGACGCUGUGGACCACCUUUGCUGUCGCUUCGGGGAUGUGUCCUUGUGUAUUGGUCAAGGGUCGAGGACGGUUGUUGAGGUUAUAUGAAGAAAAGUCGAGAGGGAGAAAUGGCGCUGCGACUUCUGCAGGCUUGGGACUGGUAUAAAGAGGAAAUACCCAGAUCGGGCGCUGAAUGACAUGAUGAAUACUGUACUUGUCGAUAUCGGUAAUAUUCGAUGGAUCGGGUGAGUUGGCCACGGAGGAAAGAUGAGCGCCAAUGGUUCCAGCAAUCUCAACACCAGACAUCUGCCCACCAACGACGAGGAUCUUUCCACCACCAGGUCUGCCUUUGCCCAGAAGGCUCUUCACUUCCCUGUAAUGGCUGCUGUGGACAACAGGGAUAGGUGUCUGCUUCUCAAGACUCUCGGGUAUAAUUGGCUUUCCAAAGAAACCAGAAGCAACAAGAAGAUAGUCAAAGUUCCUUGUUUCAGUUCCAGCAUCUGACUUGGUGUUGACAACCCAACCAUUAGAUGACCCCUUCGGCCGCUCUGCACUCUCAACUCGUGUACCAAGCUUGAGUUCAAAGUCCUUGUUGCUCUUCAGGAACCGCUCGAGAUAUCUGUGAAGAUACUCUCCAACCAUCCAACCUUGUGGGAGUUGAGGAUCACUAUCCUCCCAGGCAAGUUCACUAAACUGCAUUGUAUGUCUGCUCUGGUUCGCCCACAUAAAUGGGUGGACCUGUCUGCCAUUGUCCGUCUUUGACGUAGGCCACAGACCUCCAAUGUCCUUCUGGGCAUCGAAGAUGGUGACUUUGAAUUCGCCGGGGGCAGUGUUGUGUAACAGCGUUUUGGCUGCGACAAGUCCCGAAGGACCAGCGCCUACAGUACUCAGCGAAGCUGUCAGAGAUAGCAAGGCGUGACUUACCAACAAUACAAACCGUCUUGGCCAUUUUUCUCACGCCGGAUAAGUACCUGGAGAUACUCAUAUAAGAGCUCAAUGACUCCUAUACAAUCCCUGUCCGAGGCUCACUUUUACGAUGAGUAGACAGGGUUGAGCGAUUUGUAGCAAGAAAGCUAGGAUGAGGGGACUGGUGUAGGAUAAGCAAAUUUGAGAGAACAGCAGGCCUUCAUAUAAGACUCAUAAAUGCAAGAACACCACCCCUUCACGACUGGCCGUCAGUAG